GUACGCGGGUUGUAAAGCGUAUUCUACACGUUUUCCGCCCGCCUGGCUCGACUGCGCCGCUCGACCCGCUACGACGCCGCCCUGCCUGGUUCCCGCUGCAGAUCCGCAGAAAUAAUGAAAUUCCAAGCCGAGGGCAGAUGGAAGAGAGCCCGCUCUACACGCAAAAAAUAUUUGAGACAGAUGAAGAAGGUGGUGACGAAUGGGAAGUGAGCAGGUCUCGAGUCCAUCUGGGAGCUCUGAUCGGGAGCGGCGCCUUCGGCAGGGUCUACGUGGCACAACUAGACAUGCCUGGAGGUGAAACAGUAACCGUCGCUGCUAAAAUGCUUACAGAAGACGCUAGUCAAGAAGAAAUGCGUGACUUUCUUCGAGAGAUUACCAUGUUGAAACACGUCGGGUACCACAAACAUGUGAUCAGACUGGUCGCCUGCUGUACGAGACGGGCGCCUCUCAUCGCCCUUCUAGAACAUGCUCCAAGAGGUGACCUUCUGUCCCUGCUCAGAGCUGCUAGAGGGAGAAGAAAGGAAACGCAAGGCUCCAACGUCACGAGGAGAAUUGACAGCGAUGUCGAUCGACCUUCGGAGGCUGAUUCCGAACUCACAAACCUAAGUGACUCAGACCUCACGCUGUCUGAAGGGAAGCUGUGUUCAGACAGCGAGCGGGAUCGAUCACGGGAUCACUACGUCGCCGAGCCCGCGCUGCACAUGGACUCUAACACUAUGAGAGACUACGCCCUCCAAGUCGCCUUGGGGAUGAGGCAUUUGGAGGAGAGGGGGAUCACACAUAGAGACCUGGCAGCCCGUAAUAUCCUAGUAGACGGCGUGGGUCUACUCAAAGUGGCAGACUUCGGCCUGUCAAGAUCUGGCGUCUACGUGCACACGAGGUCCUGCCCGGUCCCGCUGCGGUGGCUCGCUCCUGAAGCUAUCCUCCAUUCCCAAUACUGCAGCAAAAGCGAUGUCUGGGCUUUUGCUGUGCUCUUAUGGGAGAUAGCUACUUUAGGUGGAUUCCCAUACUCAGAUCUCAGCAAUCAUCAAGUGCCGCCGUUUCUGGCCGGAGGCGGUCGACUGCCAAAGCCAGCACGAGCGUCUACUCGUCUCUACCAACUGAUGAUAGAAUGCUGGUCUGAGGACCCUCAAGACAGGCCUACCUUUGCACAAAUCGUAGACAAACUGACAGUACAGAAGCAAUUGUACAUAGACUUGGAUUGCGUGUUCCCCCCUUCUGAAGAAGAAGUGGCACUCAGAGAUCAGAAUUUCAUGCACAAUGGUCUAAUACACCGGCUAUAGACUUAUAUAAAGACUGAAUAAUUUUAAUAUAAUUACAUUCUAUCACAGUAAA